GCGAUCGUUCGAAAGCGACCGCGCGCCGUCGUGACCCACGGUAACGUCGCUGGUGCAGUGGGAAUGAAAAAUGGCCGCGAACGUGAGAACAGAGAUGCGGAUUCCAACGCGUGCGGCGCCUCGUCCUCCUGGCCACAAUGUGACGCAGAGGGAGCCGAUUUGGGGCAGCAGCAAUGACAUAUUCGGGAGUGGUCUGACAGCGACUCAACCUGUACAGAAGAAGAAACCACCUCCUAGGCCACCACCACCGAAGCUCAACCACAUGCAGUGUCAGAAAGACCAGAAACCGAGGAAACCAGCCAGGCCGACAGAGCUGUUAACUAACUUCUUUGGGCGGAAGAAGCAAGAGACCUCUCUUCCACUACGUACCACUACUGGCCAGCUACAUAAUCAAGUAUUGCAAUCUGCGAGCACCACUGCGACAGUGUCUCUGAUAGAUCUCAGUCCACCUGGUUCGCCAACGUUCACGACACGCUCCAGUAGCGACGGCGUCAGCGUUGAUAGUUUCGGUAGUGACGGGAAUUCCAAUCCGUCUGUGUUCACGAGCAGCGGAAACACGUCGGAAAGUGCCUUUGAGGAUGACUUCGACUUUUUCGGUUUAUCCGCCAAGAAAACGGCGCAGAACGAUCCGUGGCAAGCCAAGGCGACGGCACAGAAUCCGUUCGGACCAUUAGAGGAUGCAUGCUCAAGCGUGUCUCAGAGCGCUGGCGAUACGUGCCUCUUGUCUCUCAGUUCUAACGUUAAUCGCGUUGCGAAACAAGUGCCUUCCAUUCAGACCAUUUGCAAGCCCCCUAUUACGUCAAUGCCCACGAUAAUACGGGCGAGACCUCCUAAGCCGCCAGCGCCGAAGAUACUUUCGAAGAAGUUCGAGCCGAUAGUCAAGGAGGCAUGUAUCGAUUACAAACUUCCAGACAACGGCACAGCAAAUAAACCGUUAACAUUAGGCUUCACUAUUUCGGGCAGCGGUACAACGAAUAAACCGUUGACAUGGGAUUUUUCCAAUGCGUGGUCCAAUAACUACGACGAUGACGACAGUCCAUCGCCACCUAUGCCGACGAUUCCACCGCCAGCACCUCCAGCAGAUUAUCUGGCUGAAUUAAAUGGUGAUCUUGGGGAAAAUCGCGAUAAACCUUACGGUAUCGCGCUGUACGACUUCCCAGCGACACAUCCUGAUGACUUGUCUCUGAAGGAGGGCGACUUCGUGCAGUUGUUGAAGAAGAUAAACGAUGACUGGUUAGAGGGAAGAAUAGGGAAUCGUCAAGGAAUGUUUCCAUUUAAUUUCAUCGAUAUCAAAGUACCUCUGCCAGGCUUACCGGACAACAUGGUUACGGCACUCUAUACUUUUCACGGAGAGAGCAGUGACGAUUUAUCGUUUGAGGAGGGAGCGAAAAUUGCGGUCAUAUCGAGGAUAUCAGAAGAUUGGUUAUACGGUGAGUACAACGGUAGAAAAGGACAGUUCCCAGUAAAUCAUGUGAAUAGACUUCCGCGUAAUAUCUAAGGUACUGUCCUACAUUGAGUAUUUUUUAUCGAGAGUAUUAACAAUUCGAAUGUUCCGAAACCUCCACAUUGCAAGCAUUAUCUAGAGUUAUUAGACAAAUUUAAGAGAAAGCAGCAAACAAAGAAAUGAAAAAAACGAGUCUUUUAUAGUGGAAUUUUGAGCACGAGGAAAGAAAACAAAUUUUAUAAAAUUUUACCAACAAAAAAAGACUGAAUUAUAUACGAUUUUUUAUCAUCGUGUUCCAAUAAAAAUUGUUUUUGAAAAUGAUUGUAAUAUUAUUGUUAGAAAUUAGAAAAUAGUAUUUCUUCUACGUUCAUAUUCAUUGGUGAUAUUUAUAUUAAAUAGAUUAUUUCUUUUUUAAAGACUUCACACUUUGCUUCACAAUUUGUUUGCAAUAUAUCACGAAGGAUGCUGCUGUUGAAAGAUCAUAUAAAUUCAUAUUUCUCAUUUCGGAACUUCAUAUACACAUCUGAUAGCUCUAAAAGACCAGUUAUAUAAUAUCUUUAUAUACUUCAUAUUUUUUCUCGUCUAACAGAAAAAAGAAAAAAAGGACAUUCUUGUACAUUGUUUAUUUUCCAUAUCCGAUUCAGGUCGUCUUUAAUGUGACUUCUUCGAGAAUUUUAUUUAUUUGGACACAUUUUUGUAAGAAUAAAAACUGAAAUAUCUUGUUUUCUGUUAUAUAUAUAUAUAUAUAUGUAUGAAAUUAUUAUUUAAAUAUUGUGUGCUUGUAAGGCAUAAAGCAGCAUUGUCUGCCAAUGUGUACAAAUAAUGAAUGCUAACUUAUAAAAGAAUAGAGCUCACUUUAUUUUAUUAAACGUUCGUCUCGUGUGUGAUUUGAAGAGUUCAUUCUUCUCUCAUAAUCGAAUUUAUGAGCAAUUAAAGUGAAAGAUAUUCUUCGUUGCGUGAUUAAUAUUUAGAUAGGAUAUUAUCUUUUAGAAAUCUUUAGACAUUUACAAACAAUAAGAUAUAGAAUUGUAUGUAUAUACAUGCAGAGAGAACUAUUUUAAUCCUUAUCCGAAAAUUUCUUUUAUUUGCACAUGAAAAAAAAGGGAUUCUUAGGCGAGGACAUUAAAAUGGCCUCUCCUGUACAUAUGUUCUGUAGCUUUCUUCAUACUGUAUAUAUUGUUUGAAUUUAAUAGUGUUUGAAAUUAGGAAAUAAUUCAAUAUUUCUUCUUUAUUUAUACAUCGUAAAUAGUUUCCUGUUAAACAUAAAGUUUAGAUUAAAAAUAGUUAUCUCAGCAUAAUACGUUGUACAUUUAUAUUAUAUUAUACAUGUGUAUGUGUAUUUCGUUUAAUUUAGAGCAUAUUAUAUUUAGAAUUAUUAAAAGUUACCAACAUAAUGAUGGUACAUCAUAUGUAUUACGUGACAUACGUCUGUGUAUAUUACGUGAAUGCAUAAUGAAGUAAAGACGUAGUUUAAAUAAUUCCUUAUACAUUUAAUUUAACGUUAACAUGAAUAAAUGCUUUUUUGUAUAUAUAUAUACUUAAUCAUGUGUUCGCAAAAUUCACGCAAGUCAUGUAAUUAGAUUCAGUGAAAGUCUAACUUAGCACAUGCAUCGAUAUAUUGAAAUGUUUCAUCUGUACGCAAAGAUGCCAAGUCGUUAGUUGAUGUUACGAGAAAUGAAAAAGAAAAUCAACGGUUCGCCGGUUAAUUUCUGUAUCGUUCUAAGUUAUUAUAUAUUGUUAAACACACAAGUGACGUAUGUUUCAAUUGUAUGUCUCACUUUACUUGAAAUUCUCAUUUAGUACAGUAUUAACGCGAUAUUUCCGUCACAUCGAAGGUCUGCAUCGGGACCAGCAUCUUAGAUUGUAAGGAACAGGAGAUUAGGGAGAAAAGACGGGUGGUAAUAGCAAAGUCAAAAGUUAUAUCCAAAAUGUAAUAACAGAUACUUUACAUAUAAGUAGUGCUAUUUAAUUCUCUCGAGAAACUACGCUAUUAUGCAAGAAACGCCUAAUACGCAAUGUGAUAUUUUGCAAUGUUUAAUAUAAAAAAAAAAAACAUUUUACACAGACACACACACAUACACGCACUAUAC